AUGCCCCUCAUUCUAGAUCAACCCAAAGUCGAGCAGACCCCGGUCAGCCUCAAGGACAUCAACAAAGCUCGAUUAUCAAGACCAAAGAACGACGAUGGGUCCCCUCUAUACCCAGACUACAUGCCCUUUUACGAUCCGCUGGAAAAGGUAGAGGACCUCGGCGAAUUUGAGCAUUUCGAUCCAGGCCAUCGAGCAGAUCCCAGCUUCCCAAAUCUCUUGGCCGGAGCUACAAAAUUUUUUGACCUCUCCCCACAUGUAGGUACUGAGAUACACGGCGUACAAGUAUCCAAGCUUGAUUCGAAAGGUCUAGAUGAGCUGGCCCUUCUCGCGGCUCAACGAGGUGCUCUCGUUUUCAGAGACCAGGAUUUUGGGGAUCUCGGGUUUGAGAAGCAGAAGGAGAUCGUUCGCCACUUCGGUCCCUUGCACAUCCACGGUUGGGCCCCUCAUCCAGCCGCUGGUUCCGUGGAACAUAUGAUCAUCUACGAUCAUAAAGAUGAUCUCCGAGUCCGACGAUCGUGGGCAGGUAAAUCACCCGUUCAAUGGCACACGGAUCAAUCGCCAGAACCUCAAACGCCUGGUACCACGUUCAUCUGCAUGUUGGAGUCCCCUUCCACGGCCGGAGGUGACACGCUGAUCAGCUCGUCCGUACAAGCGUACUACUCUCUCUCACCCAAAUUCCGAAAGAGGCUCGAAGGGUUAACAGCUGUUCAUUCGAAUAACGACGGUGCUGCUGCCGAGCUGAAGAAUGGUAAAGAUGCUGUGAUGAGAAGAGAAGUUCUGUCAACGGAACACCCAGUGGUAAUCGUUCACCCGGUUACCAAGAAGAAAGCUCUUUAUGUCAACCCAGUUUACACCAAGUACAUUGUCGGUUUUGACAAAGAGGAGUCUGACUACCUUUUGAAUUUCCUCUACAACCAUAUCGCCACUAGACAAGACUUCUCGUGCAGAGUCCGAUAUGAAGCUGGAACGGUCCUUGUCUGGGACCAAAGAGUAACCAAUCACUCUCAGACUUUGGACUACCCCGUCGGUGAUAGACGACAUGCGUUUAGACUUACACCACUGGCGAACAAGCCGAUCCCAGCGAUGGUCGAAGAGGAUGACGGGGAAUGUGCUGGGGAUGUACAAAGGAUGCAAUUGAAUCUGUGUUAG